ACAGUGCAGCAUAACGUCGGUUAUUCUCGUAAUAUAUUUUUAUCAUUGAUUGAAAACUACAAAAUAUUAUGCUAAAACAGUGAUUUAUCUAAUGAGAGACAAUGUCCGACUCCCCGCGCAGUAUUCUGGCCCGGCUGGAACAACUGAAACAAUGGCAAGAAGAGCAGCAACGAGCUCUACUGCAGAAACAGAUUGCCCAGCGAGAGCUGCUUACCCAAGAGCAACGAAAAAUGUAUGCCAUUCUGGGACUAACCGAUGUCAAAACACCUCAGCAGAUGGAAGCGGUAAGUGAUGAUAGCGAAGACCCCAGUCAGGAAUACGAAACGACCAACAUGCAAAGACAGCUGACUGCGAGAGAGAAUUAUCUCUCUUCGGAAUCUGAUGGAAGUGAUACCGAAGAAAGGAAGCCGCAAGUUCCAACCAGACCAUUUCUCAAGCGAGGCGAAGGACUGAAAGCUAGGUUUAAAGUUGACCCUAAUGUUUUUAAACUUGAUAAUCUUCCUAAAUACAAGUAUGCUAAUCAUGCUAAAUUUAGAGCGCAAAAAAAGAAGCAAACUCGGUUGGAAGCGACGGGGAAUGUGAAGGAAAGGAAGGUAGAUCGCAGGUCACAGGAGAAGAAGGAAGACGGUUUACCGCUGACAGUGGCACUAGAUAUCAACUGUGUUCAGAAUAAAAAGUUGGUUCCUGCUUCUGACCACGAGGAUAACGAUGAUGUGCAGUCGAUUUCCGGUCAGACCAUAAGCGAAGAAAGUUUAUUGCCCAGUAUUGAAUCUCUUAAGCUUAGAAAUACUGAGGUAGUCACUGCAGCGCAGAAGGAGUCGACGGAGGUACCCCCAAUUCAGCCAAACCUGCAGUGGAAGCAACAGCUGCAGGAGGAAGCAGAUAUUCUGCGUCAGCUGAAGGAACUUAAAGAUCUAGAUUUGUUUGAGCUAAUAGAACAGCGAUUGCUGGCCGGUGAUGGAAGUCACGCCUCGGACGCCAGUACCCUGCUUAGACUGCUGGCAGAUAAUAGCAUAAGUUUCUCUGAUCUCCUGGGGACAACUACUAAUUCGACGACAUUAGUACCGGCACCGGCAAUUGAAGCUGAACCGAACGAUUCGUGUUUACAGAUUCGUCCGAUUCCCGAUCCAAAACGACACUUUUUGAAAGAAGCUGAGUUUAACAGUGAGAGUAGUUCGGAUGAUUCGGACGCUUCCGACGAGGAAACCAGCUGUGGUCACGUACGUUUUGCAGAGGGUGAAGAGCACGAGAUUGAAACAGAUAUUGAGUCCCAACUGGAGACGGUCAACUAUAGCAAAAUGUCUACACCAAAAGAUGUUCGUGGGGGUAAGAAAUCAUCCGAGGAAAAGAACCCACAAAUUGCGGGUGACGCUGAAUCGGAGCGGAUCCGAGAGGAAAUUUUGGCGAAAAGUGAACAACUGAAGCUACGAUUAGCAGAGUUGGAGAGCGAAAUAGAAAACUUUCGAAGGGAAAAUGCAGAACUGAUGCGAAUGAAGCAGGAACAUGAGCUGGAGAAAAAUAAACUUGAGUUAGAUCGAGAGGAGAUGAUGGAAAAGUUAAACGAUGAGCGUAUCAAGAUGGAAGUGUAUUUUCAUGAUGAACGGUUAAAAAUUGAAGAACAGAGACAAAAGGCUUUAAAAGACGCAAUGAAACCUACGAAAAAAGAAAAAGAAGAGAUACUUAGACUGAAGGAACAGGUGGCUGAGAUGCAGAAGGAAAUGAAAGCUAAAGAAGCAAAGCAUGGUUCUUCCUCAGCUCGAUUUCGUUCGCAAAUAAAAAACUUGGAAAAGGAUCUCAAGGAAACCCAACUGGAGCUUGACGCGAUAAAGAAAGACAAUAGGAAACUGGAGAUGGAAAAUGCUAGACUUAAAAGACAAAACAAUAGUAGGAUGCUACUGGAAAUCAACAAAAACAUAGCUAAACUGACAGUCCCGCAGUCGGCGGAAGUAACUCGUAGAAAUUCGUCACCGGAAAAACCUCGCAAAAGUAUUGUUCCUGUCCGUAUGAAACCAAUCGAUGUGAUAGAAAAGAACGUCGGUAAGGUGGCUACAGCGAAAGUAGUCAGCCAUCCAAGAGGUAGUACUGAAAGUAGAAAAUCUGUCCUUCCAAGCGGGUCUAGCAGUGAUAAUGAAUCGAUUUCUUCCGAGUGCGAUAACUCUUCUGCAUCAGAAGACAAAUCCACCCCGAGUAAAGCUCAGACAUCUCGUUCUUCAUAUUUCCGUGGCAAGGCGAAAAAGAAUCUUUUCCAAACUGUUGAUGAUCAAGUUAAAAAUAAUUCAACGGAAGAACCAGAUCGUUCCUCGGAAACGGCUGAUCUGAUCAAAAACCUCAAACGAGAGAUUGUCAACAACGAUGGAAGCAGAGAUAUCUGGUACCCAAAUGGGAAUUUGAAGAAGAUCUCCCCGGACGGACUGGUGAUACGAAUGUUGUACUUCAACAAAGACAUCAAAGAAACGAAUGUCAGUGAAGGGACUACGAAAUAUUACUAUUUUGAGACAAAUACAUGGCACACGACCUAUCUGGACGGUCUGGAGAUACUGGAAUUUCCGGAUGGUCAAACAGAACAUCGUUUCAAGGACGGUUCGACGGAGGUACACUUCCCCAACGGCUCCAUUAGGACCACUAAUCCAAACAGCGCAGAUAUUGCGGAAGAAUGGAAAUACGCAGACGGUUCGACUGUGAUUGUGAAGCGCAACGACGACAAGGUGAUAACGCUUCCGAACGGACAGGUGGAGAUUCAUACCAAGGCACACAAACGACGUAUCUAUCCGGAUGGGACGGUUAAGUUUCUUUAUCCGGACGGGAGCCAGGAGAGCAGGUACUCGAAUGGACGCGUCCGGUUGAAAGACAAGGAUGGAAAUCUUAUCUCCGACACAGGUGGCGGGCCCAAUUGACUGGCUUACUUUAGUUGUAGAUUUCUUCUAAGCUGACAAUAAAUUGUUGAUUUCU